AACAUUUGGUGGCCCAUGUGAGAGAAUCACAAUUAUUGGUAGCCAAACUGGUAAGACUUAACAAAUUAUAGGACCUUCUUUCAAUAAAUAAAUAUCUUGGGGAUGGUUCCGUAAAUUCCAAAUCAAUCCUUCAUCUUCCUCGCUGAACAAGGCAUGGUUCAUGAAACCGUACCGAAGAUCGUACCGGAAAAGUCAGCGAUAGGGUAUUUUAUGACAAAAUCGUGGUUUAACCGUAGUUCAACCGUUAGUACCGUUAAAUACCGUCUAUCGGUUUAGCCUCCAAUACUGGUAUUUUGUGGUUGAACCGUCGGUACGGUACGGUUUAAUGGCAAGGGCGAGACUUUUGACCAAAAACGAAGUUGUGAGACUAAUGGAAACCGCCAAAGAGCUUCGCCGCAGGGACGAGAAAAUCACAAACUCCGAUUCGUCGCUUCAUAUCAGAUCACCGUCGAAGUUGUCGCACUGGAGCUCGCCGUCGUCUGUAGCAGCUUCUCCUUCUCUCUAUCCCCCAACCAUGGAAACUUAGACCCAUCACUGUUAGUCUGUUACUUCGUUGCCGUUCCCAAACGGCCAAACCCUUCAGGGCUUCACCGUCGUCGUUUGAGGAUCUGUUCAUGGUGGCCCGUUGCUCGAUCUGCUAUAAAUUGCGUGACAUUGUUAGUGAUGAACCAUGUUCGUUAAUUGAUUUCUCCAUUGCAAUUUGUAUUAACAGGAAUAGAGGCAAAAUUCCCUUUCUUGUAUCUGCUAGAUCAAGAAAUCCAACCAUGCACUAGUUCAUGUGUGGGAUUCUAUCUUGCUGCAUGCUUCCUUCUCCACUGGCCGUGAAGAAGUAGCUUGAAAGAACCCAUCAAUGGCGAUUUCUGAAAAUUUUCCUUGACCAUUGCUUUAACACCAUUGCUGAUCUUAUUGUCUCCUGUAUAUGCUGGAAACGAACUUUGUCUCUUGUUGGAAUUCUUUCCCAUUAGGCAUGUUUCUGUCAACUUUGUCUCUUGUUGUCAAUAAGCAUCAACUUGCAGAAAAAAUCUGUCCCUACAACCUAGUUGACUGGGUUUUUCCACAUAUCCUUCCAACUUCUGAUUCAACUUGUGAACAUGUGGAUGCUAAACCUGGUCCAAUCCCUAUCCUCUCUCGCCUCGUCCAUAUCUCACACAUUGGCUGAAAAGUCUUGGCGAGGUGAACGGUUGCUGGCCAAAGUCUCCGGCGGCAAUGUCUGGCCUCGGAGCCGCUCUUACCAGCUCGCUGCUCCUCCCCAUUGCGUUACUGCUACUCCUCCUUCGCCUUCACUCAUUUCCAGCUUCCGUCUCUGCUCAGAGGGGUUCUGGGUCUGCUCCUCGCUGGCAGACUCUCUCCGGCCAUAGCCCCAUAGUUGUAGCCCGGGGUGGGUUUUCGGGUCUGUUUCCUGAUUCUUCAAGUGCGGCUUACCAAUUCGCACUGGCCACUAGUGUGCCAGACGUUGUCCUGUGGUGCGACUUGCAGCUCACUAAAGAUGCAUUCGGGCUUUGUCUCCCCGACAUCAAGCUUGAUAAUUCUACUGAUGUCUCUCAGAUUUACCAGGACGGUCAGAACACCUACAUGAUCAAUGGCGCCACUCAAACCGGAUGGUUUCCCUUGGAUUUCAACCUCGCCGAGUUGUCAACUGUACCCUUGGUUCAGGGAGUUUAUACUCGUAGCGAGCGGUUCAACAAUUUGUUCCCGAUUCUAACUCCUGAGGAUGUUGCUGCACUAAAUCCAGCUGGCCUCUGGCUGAAUGUUCAGCAUGAUGCAUUCUACACCCAGCGCAAUUUAAGUAUGAAAAAUUAUGUCCUUGCUGCAUCUAGAAGAAUGGUUAUCAAUUACAUCUCAUCUCCGGAAGUGGGGUUCUUGAGAAGUAUUUCUACGCGAUUCAACCCAAGAAUCACCAAACUGUUCUUCCGGUUUAAUGCACCUAGUGAUGUCGAGCCUUCGACAAACCAGACAUAUGAUUCUUUACGAUCAAAUUUGACAUUUAUCAGGACCUUUGCCUCUGGAAUUCUUGUCCCCAAGACUUACAUAUGGCCACUGGAUGAACGUAAUUAUUUGCAGUCGAGUAUGCCCCUUGUCUUGGAUGCUCACAAAGCUGGCCUUGAAGUUGUGGCCACAGACUUUUACAAUGAUGCUGUUCUGAGCUACAAUUACAGUUACGACCCUAUAGCUGAAUAUCUGCAAUUUGUGGACAAUGGUCAUUUCUCUGUUGACGGUGUGCUGUCUGACUUCCCAAUAACUCCAUCUGCAGCAUUUAAUUGCUACGCUCACCUUGGCCGGAAUGCUUCAGAGAAAGUAAAUACUUUGGUCAUCACCAAAAAUGGUGCAAGUGGAGACUACCCAUCCUGUACCGACCUUGCAUACCAAACAGCCAUCUCGGAUGGAGCAGAUGUUAUUGAUUGUCCAAUUCAGAUGUCACAGGAUGGAGUCCCAUUUUGCCAAAGCUCUAUAAACCUUAUCGACACUACACAAGCCACUGAAACAUUAAAUGACUUCUUAACAGAUGUUCCGGAGCUCAAGGGCAAAGGCAUAUAUACGUUUAGCUUGAAUUGGAGCCAGAUUCAGAACUUGACUACGGCCAUAUCCAAUCCAUUUCUAAGUUAUCAGUUGUACCGAAAUCCUAGGGUGAGUAAUGAAGGAAGUUUAGUUUCCCUAGCUGACUUCUUGGCUUUGGCAAAGGACGCUGGAUCGCUUUCUGGCGUCUUAAUCAACAUUGAAAAUGCAGCUUAUCUCAUGGAGAAGCAGGGUCUGGCUGUAGUUGAUGCGGUUGAGACCGAAUUGAGCAAAGCUGGUUAUGAUAACCAGACAUCUCUGAAAAUCAUGAUCCAAUCCACCAAUUGCUCAGUUCUAAUGAAGCUGAAGGAUAAAAUACAGUACGAGCUAGUUUACCAAGUUGACGAAACAAUUGGGAGUGCUGAUCCUUCUGCAGUUUCAGACAUCAAGAACUUCGCUCAUUCUGUUGUGAUCAGCAAGCAGUCGGUGGCUGAGAAUAAUGAGUUCUUGACCAGAAUGACAGAUGUCGUGACGAAGCUGCACAAUGCUAAUCUCCCGGUCUACGUCCAAACCUUCAGCAAUGAGUUUGUAUCUCAACCGUGGGACUUCUUUGCAGAUAUCAACGUGGAGCUCAACACCUACAUCUUGGGGACCAAUAUUAGCGGCGUUGUUACAGGCUUUCCUAAGACACCUGACAGAUACAGAAAGAACCGAUGUCUGGCUCAACGGAACAAUACUCCUCCCUACAUGUCCAUAGUUCCGGCAGGGAGCCUGCUGGGAUUCAUCCAGGAGCCAUCAUUGCCACCAGCUCAGGCUCCAAGCCUACCUCUGACCGAGAACGAUAUCGCUGAGGCGCCUUUGCCACCAGUCAGGAACAAACCGACGGUCGACUCUCCCCCUGCUGCUCAAAUUACACGAGGAAGUGGGCUGUCAAAGGGAGCAGUUGCAGGGCUUGUAGUUUCGGUUGUGGUUAUACUUAUCGUCGCGCUCGGCUGCUUUCAGUUGAGAAAUAGGGGACUGUUGGCUCGGAUGGGAAUUACAUGAUCUCUGUAAUUCUAUGACAUUCUAUCUAUGUACAUGCAAGUUUCUGCAUAUGUGAUAUAUUCUGUCUAUACAUGUAACUUGUGGAACAAGAUAACUAAGCAUACGUGAGACAAAGCUCCAGAUAAUAGGGCAAAUGUUACAGUGAAAGGAGAAGAUUGUAUGUAUGGAUUCUGCAGAAACUUUCAUCAUGGCUCCUCCUCCAUUACACAUUCGAAUUAUGGCUACUUUCUGAUUAUGGAGAAUUGAGGGGAGAAAGGAGACCACUUAUUCAGUUUUGCUCCUCGUUUCUUUCUCUUUCCCCUUUGAUUUUGACUUUCGGCUUUCGGGGGCCAGCCUGUUUUCUUCCCUUUAAUUUGUUCCUCUAAAUCUUUUGUCUUUACCCAACAAGCACGCUUGACGCUUCCCAUCAGCGUGCAUCACGCUUUGCUACUGGUGAGAGAGCCGAUAUGGCGACAACUAUACGUGGCCACGGGCAAGGCACGGUAUGAGCACGGGCACGAAAUAAAUAGGCCAGUCUGGCUCGAGCACAAAUAAUUUAUGGGUCUUGCUGAGUCUAAACUUAAUGGGCACAGACACGAGCACGGGCAUGACACGGUAUAUAAGUGGACUGUAUCGGGUCUAAUAUUUUCGAGACUUUAUUGAGUAUAAAAACGGACAUGUCAUGAAAAUAAUAUUUAUUUGAUAGAAAAUAAAUUUAAAAAGAAUUAUAGGUUCAAAUAUUACAAAACACAAGUAGAAAAAUAAUUAUUUGUUGUUGUUAGAAGUGUCAUAAAGAUAUAUACAUAAUUACGAACAUAAGUAAAAAUGGACAAAGAAUUAAACAAAGCCAAAUUACACUCGCUAUACUUCCAAUUUUCUUUCCCCCCUUAUUUGUUACUUUUCUCAAACAUUAUCGGUUAAUACUAUCUUCCCCCGUCCAAUUUUCACCUUCUUUUUCAUUCUCUCUUUUGUUUUCGUCCUUUUCAUUAAACACGAAUACGAGCAUGACACGAGCACGAAUAGGCACGUCACGAUUCGAACCGUGCACGGGCCUGGGUCGGGCCUAGCAAAGUUAACAAAUGGGCUUGCAUGGAACGACACGAAAACUGACGUGCCGUGCCAAGCACGACACGAAAUAAAUGGGCCCAAAGCGUGCCCGUGCCGGCCCAAGCACAACCCAGCGCCCAUGUACAGUGACAACACCAUAUUUGUUGUUAUUGUAACAACAAUAUUACACUAAUCUCCAAUCAAUAGGAAGGUAGGGUUGUGAUGACUUUUCAUUAGUUGAGUUGACCUAGUGUAAAAUCAAAGCAGGGGUAUAAUUGUCAUUAUGAAAAUAUGUUUAAAUAAUAAAAAAAUAAAAAAAAUUCUGCCCAAAAAUUUUGGUCACCGGGCGUCGUAAUCUGGUCGCCGGUCACCGGAAUAUGCUUUUUUGUCACCAGAAUAUGCUAUUUUGUAAUCGGAAUAUGCCACUGUCGCCGGAAUAUGCUUACCGGCAUCGGAAUCUAGUCAUCGGGACCGGAAUACGCCUAUCGGCGCCGGAAUCCGGUCACUGACGGUCAUCAGAGUUUGGUUAAGUUUUUCGUUGACCGGACAACGGCCAACGACUACCGGAUGUUAUGGUCUUUAUUUUAAGAUUUAUGGUUUGAUUUCUCAUAUUUUUGUAUGCGUUUUGUGGUUUGUUUUAUCGUGUUUGUGGUUUGCAUUAAGAAGUUCUGGUUUGCUUUCAAAAAUUUUGUGGUUUGCAUUGUGAGGUUUCUGGUUUGUUUUAAUAGAUUUGUGGUCUGCAUUAGGACGUUUAUGGUUUGCUUUUUUGUGGUUUGAUUUACUGUGUUUGUGGUUUGCAUUAGGAGGUUUCUGAUGUGCUUUCGUAAAUGUUGUGGUUUGCUUUGUGAGGUUUGCGGUUUGUUUUAGGAGAUUUGUAGUAUGCAUUAGGAGGUUUCUGGUUUGCUUUUUUGUGGUUUGCAUAAAGCGGUUUAUGGUGU